AUGUUCAGAAUGGAAAACGACGUGCACACUCUUGAGGGAUGUUCACAGAAGGAGGUCGGAAUACAACGGGAAAAAAUAUAAUUUUGCGACUUUGUAGUUGUUCCAAGUGCAAGCGAUCACGAUUUUGUCGUUGAUGUUGCGCAACGUCGGACUACCGUGGGUUUUCUUGGGACGGCGAUUUGACAAGAGCAUCUCGGCUUUUUGGUCAGUUCUUCUUCUGAAUGGCUUCCUAAUUUCGAAUUCAGGUGCAAGUUUUUGGUGGACCUCGUCUUUGUCGUUUUCCCCUCGAUGUUGACCAUGACGGUCUGGUCCUCCCAUCUGGCAAUCGUCGUCUCGAUUCUCACCGUCUGUGUGUGCACUCUCCUGCUCUUCAUCAUCUGUGAGGCUGUCUUCAAAACCAACAGGCCAUCUUUCAAGGUUCAUCAGCCAUCUCAAAUCUCAUUCGUUGUGCUUUUCAGCAGAUCAUGAACCGGAUUGUAGAUGAACAUCAACACCCGACGAUGUUUUUCACCUAUGCCAGGUGAGCUUAUUGCAUUUCCGGAUGAAUAAAUUGUUUCAGAGCGCUUUCUUCCGUGACGAUAUGCUCCGCCAUAUUAGCUGUCGAUUUUUCUGUUUUUCCUCGUAGAUUUUCGAAAACAGGUAAACUUUGAGGAAAAUCAUUGCAGAGUUAGGUUUUAAUUGUUUUGUGUGCGUCUAAGGGCGGAACUGAAUAACAAACAAGUUUUUAUCAGGCUGGGUGUGAAAGGAAAAUAAAAUUAAAAAUUAAAAUUUGUGAAAAUCGAAAUUCGCGUCUCUGAAUUGUCUCGAAAAAAGGAUUUGGUCUCGCAAGACCGAGAUCGAACAAGCCUUUUAUGGCUCUUUGAAUUUUUCACAUUCUCAAUUGAGCGAAGAGAAAGAUUUUUUUGCCUCAAUUAAAAGGUCGUGACUCAAUCAAAAAAAUAUGCUCUUUUUUCAAUAGGUAAUUGUAUCUUGCAAUCUGGAUUUAUAUAUAAAUUCACUCAAACACUCAUUGAAUGUUCGAAUCGAGAAAGCUGGUAUUCGCUUACUGCGUAAAAAUUUUUUGGAGAUAUCAUUUGCACAGUCAAGAAAUAUUCUUUUCUUGCAUGGUUUUUUGAUGAACGAGAACUUUGAAAAUGUACAAUAUAUUCUAUAACAAAUAUUGGCCAAAAUAACGAUUAAUAGUAACUUUUAUCGAAGACGUUCGAAGAUUGUUAGGUCAAGUUUGUUGGAAAUCCCGAAUAAUUUUCCUGUUGAGUUUUUUUCUAUACGCUGUAUUGUUCAGAGAAGUAUGGGCACUCGUUGAUGGAUCUUGGAGUGUCCGCAGUCAUUCUUCAAGCCGGAAUCGGCAGCAGCUUGAAGUUUUACAAUCGAAAAAGGUUACCGCUUCGAAAAAUGAUUCUUGAAUCUGUAGCAGUUCCAAACUUGAGAAGUAGAAUUGUUUUCUUGGUUCUGACAGCGAUGAAGGGACGUAAAACUUAUUAGUUAACCUGAAGAGCAAGCUGUUUUAUAUUAUUUCGGAAUUAUAGACGAUUCUACGAUUUUCGAGGUCUUUAAUCAAUUAAACUUCGUAUCGGGCUUUGGUUGAUUUUUCGAAAAAAAGAAAAAACACCUACACACAUGGAAUUUUGAACGAUAUUCAUCAACAUUUCAGCCUUCCAAAAACGGCCAGAUACCAAUGGUUGUCUUCCUCGACGCUUUUCCUCUUCAUGUUCGGCUUGGCAAGGACGAUCGUCCUCAGCGUCCUCAACUAUCAUCAAAAUGUCACCGAGUACGGUGUCCACUGGAACUUUUUCUUCACCUUGGCUUGUGUUCGCGUCAGUUUUUGUUCUUUUACCUUAUGAACUAUUUUAUUUGAAGGUUCUCUACGCCAUUUUGCCCUGCCGAUAUCCCUUUCUGAAUGCGAUUUUGUGCUUGCUCUUCCAUCAGUUCAUUCUUGUGGGGUUGGGCUACGAGGUGAGUAUCCCGUUUUUUUAUUAUUUUAGUACCAAAUGUUUUGAAAGUAUCCUGAAAAAUUUUGAAUUUUCAUUUAAAUAUACGGUAAACGAGUUUUUUUUCUUCAAACCAUUCCGAUAGACUCCACUAUUUGCUGUCUUUUUUUUCUUGAUAGUUGAAGUCUAAAAAUUAUUGACAUAUAAUGUUGCGUCUGAUUAGCAACCAUCGUAAGUAAUUUUCCUUAAAUUCAAAAGAAAAUUAAAAAUUUUCAUUUUGUUGCGCAUGGUUUUUUUUAAGAUAAUAAAUUAAUGCUCCUAAUUUUUCUUUGCGCUCGGUUUUCAACGAGAGUGGAACUUUUUCAAUAUUGCUGACUAUAAAAAUCAACUCAUAUUGGAGUGGUUAAACAUAUAGCUAUUGUGGUAGUUCAUAUACCUAUCUUCUUCGCCUUCUUCUCAAUUAGCCGAGGUCCUAUCCUGAUAUCAGUGCACUGGCUCUGGUGACAUAUCCGUCCCUGGGCGUGACGGCUGGGGAUUAUGAAGCCGUGGUUUCCCACUACCAACAUUUCUUAAACCCCUUGGUUGGGUCGGGGAUCGAACUUGUGACCCUGUGGACCGUAGACAGGCACACAACCCGUUGCGCUACGACACGCCCCAAACCUAUAAAAUAUUAUAAAAAUAAAGAAGUAUUUUUCUGGGUUCUUUGAAGUCUUCCAAACUCUUGUAGCCUAAUUACCAAUAGUUAUGUUUUCAUAUCCCAAGCAGUCUAGUUCAACAGGUAUCUAUUUUUUCGGUCGAAUAAAUUUCGCUUAAAAAUUUUCCUCUUCGACUUUUUUUUUUGAAACUGUUUCAUCCAUCUCAGGUGGCCUGUCACCAAUUUUCAUUCGGAAGAACUCCCAAGGCCUUGCUUUAGAUUGAUAUUUAAAUUGAAAACCCUAACUCUCCUUUCCUAAGAUCGCCCUAAUAUUAACCCAACAUUUCAGCGUUGGAUCAUCACUGAUGAAAAUAAAAGAACGAAUUUGUUCGAAGCGAAUGCCGAAGGGAUCGUGUCUCUGGCCGGAUAUCUCGUCAUUUUCUACACUGGGCUUUCUCUCGGUCGUUUUCUGGCCAACACAGGGUUUUUCUCAAAAGUAGUCCUUGGUCUUGAUUUUGGGCUUCUUUCAAGAAUAAGAGUGAAGUCUUGGCUGCAAAGAUGCCUGCAUAUUGCCUUGUUCAUCGCCGUCUCUUAUGGCCUACAAAAAGCUUCGGAAGUUUUUGUCGGACCACCUUCCCGACGUGUCGUCAAUAUGACUUACAUAUUUUCCCAGGUUUUUUUUCAAAAUUUUCACUGCUAUGUUUCACUCAGGACGGCUGAUCAAACCGGUUAGGAUAUUUUAAUUAGUUAUUAAACUUUUGAGGCGAGCUAAUGAAAUUUUAGAUGUCUUCUGAAAUUUUUUUUUGGUUAUUUCGGUACCGAGAAGAUGUACGAUAUUAAAAAAAGAGGGAACACUGUAAUUUAAAUGAUAUUUCAAAUCAUUUCUGUUUGAGACUUGCAAUAGAAAUUUCGAGAAUAUCUUUAUAUACAUCAGUCAGCUCGACUUGAUAAAUUCUAUUUUGUCUGUCUCCCUUUUUGUUGGCGCUCUCGUAUUUACGGACUGUUUCUAUAAUUUUUUUGAUCUGGAUGGUGAGAAAAAGAUGUCGCGGAAAAAAAAAUCUAUUUUUUAAAACUCGAAAUGGCACUCGCCUGAACGUAACAAAAAAAUUUUUACCUAUUUCCUUCAAUUUUCAUAUUCAAUUUAUCCCAUAUUUUUUGAGUUUAAAUUUUCUUGUCUAACCUUUUUUCAAAUGUUUUCCUCGAAAAAAAUUUCGAAACAAGUUAAUUUCAAAUACUCUGCCUUCAGUUAUCCGUUUAAAGAUCCGAAGUUUACAGUUUUUCGUCUUGAUGGUUGGAUUCAUCGGCUGCCUUAUCGUGCACAUGUUCACGUUAUUGGCGUGGUCGGCGAACUUACCCCAAUUCACCACUGGUAAGUUUUUGAAUUAGGGUACUUGUGAACCAGAAAGACAAGAUAAAAAUUUUGAUAUUGGAUUUAAUGAAUCGUAGAAUUUUGAAAACAACUCACUCAAAAAAAAAUGUGAAGACUUUAAAAAAUGUACCAACAAGGGAACCUCCAGUUGAACUUUUUACGAAUAUUGCCUGAAAUUUGCUUCAGAACCAUUUCAUUUCAAAAUUUUAUUAUGAUAAGUUUUUUUUCGAGUUCUGACGCUUCACAAGCUUCUAUUAAGACUUUGACCAUGAGAUCAGUUUAAUCAAAAAAUCAACAUUGAUAGAAAAAGUUCCCUUGAAAGUCUGAGUCAUCUUCGUGUGCUCGUCAAACGAUACUUCUCAAGGUUCAAACGACGACCCGUUUUUCAACGUCGAGCCGUGUCUCACCAAGUCGCUCAACUCCAACGGACUUCUCUUCUUCCUGUUGGCCAACGUGAUGACGGGCGCUGUCAAUGGAGCCGUCCAGAACACCCUACAAACGGAUGACGUCACUGCCAUGAUCAUUCUCCUCUCCUACAUCGCUUUUUCCACUUUCGUACCUCACUUUAUCACUUUCAGAUCCUUUAAAAUCAAACGGGAGUAACUUCUAUUUCUUUUUCGUAUUUUCUGUAUCCUCUUUUUUGCUUUGUCAAAUUUCUAUGUAAUCUUCAUGAUCUCUUCGUUUAUCGUGUCAGAAAAUUAUAACAGCAUACUUUUCCUUUCUAAUUCAAAUAACUUAUUCUCGCCUUACUAGUAAAAAUAAAUUAAUAAGUGUUUCGUUAUGCUAGUUUGAAGAAAUGAGAGCAGAAGUUGAUACCUUCAACUUGAGGGGUAUGAUUGGGUCUGCUUUGGCGUUUUUAUCAGCCGGUCCGCGUUUUCUUAUCGAAUUGUCAGUUUGAAAUAGUCCGCUUUUUUGAGUUUUUGAGAAAUUAGCCUGUAUUGAUGCUCUUAAUGGGCGCAACGUGUCCGCCAUUCCUUCCUCUCAAAAUAAUAAUGUGAAAUAUCAUCACUCUUCUCCCUUUUUUACAUUUUGUUUGUAUUUUGGGAAAGCUAGUUUCAAAACAUGAGGCUCGGUUUAGAAAGUUAAUUAUUUUUGUUUAUAGUUUUCGUUGAUCAUUUUCUUUUUAAUUUUUAGACUUGCUCAUGUAUGGUUGAAGCUAUGGCGAAUGAAACGAGGGGCGCCAACGAAACAGAUGUUUUUGGUGCCAACUGCAUCGGAAAUCCUGAUGUCGUAGGUUUGGUUCAUUUUUAUUUAUCAUAAUGUUUAUAUAUGAGUCAUAUUUUUUUUUUGUUUCUUUCUGAGCGUUUGGAGAAACUUGAAAGCUUCUGAAAUAGUUUAGAGCAGGAAAACUUGACUGUGUCACAUCAUGUUUCAUGAAAUUAUUCACAAGGAUAUUGAAAAGUGGAGGGUUGAUAGUUUGACGGAACUUUGGAACCUCCUGAUUACAUAUUAGAGAAGAUUGAAAGUACAACUUUCUUGUUUUGAAAAUAUGGCAAUUCGAAAAAUAUUAUAUGGAAGGCUAGGUAUUCUUUAGUACUAGAUGACCAAAUCUGAGACGUCACGUCUCUAAAACAAGACAAGUUGUGUGAAAAACUUUAGUGGCCACUUUAGGGUUCCGCCGUUUUUGUGGUUACUAUAGUGGUCGAAUUAGCGCCUCCUUAGGUGAUUUGGCUUCCUCUUUAGGAAUGUAAGUGGUACUACUAGACCACUAAAAACUACUGCAGUGACCACUAUAGUGUAGAUGCUAUAUAGUAAGAUGCUAGGUAGUGGCUUCCAUAGAGCUCGUUUUAGGGGUCACUUCAGUGUGCUCUCCAACUAGUUCAGGAGCAACCUCUUAAGCUGCAGCUAAAGUUUUUUGUUCAUUUAUUUUCAAUUAAUCUGUUUUAAAAAGGUCACGAAACCUCUCUGCAUACUUUUAACAAAAUAUCAAUCUUCCGACUUUCACAUCUCCCCUGCCAAGUUCGAUAUUUGCAGCUUGCGUGAGAUCAGGACUGAUCGGUGUGCUGGGAGCCUUGACAUCCCUUCUGUGUUUGGUGCGGAUCAUGAAGCUGCACUCGAUGGCUCCUGCCUCUCAUCUCAGACUCCUGCUCUACUACUUGCUGACGAUUCACUGCAUCGCUGGGUAUGAUAUUUACAUCUUCGGAUUCAUGCAGCGUAAAUGAUGAUGCCUUUUAAGACUGUUUGUGGGAGAUUCAGAUCUUUCGAAUGGCUUGUUGGUUGGACGUCUCAACUCACCCUCUUCCUGAUGUACACUCGGGCAGUUCUUCUGCUCAUCGUUUGUUACUUCUAUCUUGAUGUCGCCUCUCAGAUGAUGCAUUGGAGUUCGACUGCCGGAAAACGGUCUUUUUUGUUCAAGUUUCCUUCGAAUUCAAUCAAUCCUCAAUUUUGUUGCUUUAGUCGUAGAUGUAAUCGACUAGGAGGUUAAUAAGGACCUUUUGAGUCCUAUUGAAACCAGCAGUCCGAAAGUGUACUUAAAAAAGUUGAAGGCAUGACUUUUACGAUCCUUCCUCUCGUUCUCGUUCCAUUCAGUUGCGCCUUGACGAGCUCAGAAUGCAGCGGAUGCUGUAACUGAAGCCCGGGAACUCUAGGUUGAAGUCUCGAAAUGAGAGCGAUUAGUUCAAGUUAAGACCUUCGUUCCGAUUAACUUUUCUUAAAUGUUUUUCAGCUUUCAUUAUUUUUUUCAAAACUUACCUUGGUUUAUUUAGGAAGUCUAUCUUAUCAAGAAAGUAUAUUCUGAUCUAAUUUCAGGCUGUGCUUUGUUGCGCUUUUCUUGUUGUUUUCUUAUUUUACUGCUUUCCUGAUCAUGGGAUUCUUGCUGUCGAUAGAGUUCAAUCUGGAUUGCAAAGGUAAGAAAAACUAUUGUUUUUUUCUAAUCAAAAUCACGUCCACGGGUUUUUCUCUGUUCAGCGUCUUUUUGGAUAUGGUUCUCUGCGGGAGAGUGCAUCAUAGUCCAGCUCAUGGUCGGCUCUUUCUAUUUAAUUUUACGGUUGGUUAGUAUCCCCGCUAUAUUCUUGGCUCUCGGAUAAUUUCGGAAUAACUAAAAAAAUUCGGUUGCAGCCGUAUGGACCGGAUUUCAGCACCGUCGCAAAUCCAGAACAAACAACGCUUCCACGUUUUUAUGUAUGAAUUUUUGAUUCUGUAUUGAAGUAUUUCCUCAGAUUCAGCUUGUUUUGGACUUUCGAGACCGCGACUCUCGUGGACCUAGCAUAUCACAUCGGGAUAUAUAUCCUGGCUGCCAAUGAAAAAAACUGCAGUCAAGUUUUUGUGAGUUUUGAGAAAGAAAGCUCUGUUUAGAAACAGAAACCCUUGAAGAUGCACGACCAAAUGCGAUAUUCGCUGCUGAAGGGUCCCUACGACUUGAUAGAGUUCGUGUUGCCGGUCUGGGCGAUUCUCGUCGUGUUUCGCGACUCGGACAAGAGGCGCAGCGAUGAGGACGUCGACAGCGAACAGAGGAGCUCCUCGUCGACCGACUCCCUCCUCAGCCAUCCGAUGACCGCCUCUCGCGCCGUCGUUCUCGCCAACAUCGUCACCGUCCGCAAUUGGCGGCGUCGCUAUCGUCCGCUCACUCAGGUUAGAGGAAUAAGUAUAUUCCCGGAUUAGAUUGACAAUAAUUCCAAUUUAUGGGAUAAUAAAUGAUUAAUGUCGACCCUAAAGAGUUCAGUUGGAUCUUAAGUUUUAGGAAAAACGUAGCGUAAUUUCAUAUAAAUUGACUCUUAGAUAAAUAGAUAAGAAAAACUCGGUGAGAAGUGGAUUUGAAUCGGAUAUUGAAGCUGAGAACUAGUGUUAAGGAAAUAGACUUAAGUUAAUUUCAGAAGCUCUUUAAGAACUUUUUCGGGAUGAAGGGAGAUUCUAUAAAAGUCGAAUACGACCUCUUUAAGAUGAGGAAAAAAGUAGAAUUUACCAGCAAAAUUUUUCAUAAUUCAGUUUUUUCAGUGAGGUGCGAAUCCCAAAAAAUUUUCUUCCGCUCCAAACUCUCAACCGGAAUUUUUUCUAUAAGAAAAGCCAAUAGAGAUGGUUAACACUAGUUUGAAAAAUUUUGAUUCGCCUGAACCCUCGGACAGGGCAGAAUAGUUUUAGUCAUUAAAAACAAGCUUCAAAAACGAGUUCGAAAUCUUAAUGACAUCUUUAUGGGUCGGCUGUAGCACGGCUUUGACCGUAUUCCCCAUGCGCUUCUACUCCAAUAAUUCUAAUUUUCAAGUCGACUCCGGAAGAACGUCCGGUCCUUCCUUCCCACCGACGCCAAAGCCAGCAGCAAAAUCGAGGCCAAGGGGCAAGCUCAGUCCAAUCUCCAAGGUUUUUAUCAGCGAGCAGACCCGCGACCUUGCACCUUUUCCAGGUUGCGUUCUGUUUCCUCGGCUCCGAUGAUCCGUCGAGUCUCCGUCUCGCGUUCAAUCGUCAGUUCGCCCUUGUACUCGAUCCCCGAAGAGCUGCAGGUUCUUUUUCAUUUUACAGCCCGUUUUUUCAUUCACAGCUUAUUUUCAGGGCUCAGCACCUCAAGUCAUAUCCGGGUCUCUCGACCAAUUAUCUACAAUUCCGCUUCUCGAUUGACGCAAUUUUCAUUUCAACAAUAUCUUUUUGCCUUGUACAUAGUUCCAAACGCUCGAGAUCAGGUUAACAGUAAAAAAAAAGUACAAAAAAAUUGCUCUUUUAACACGAAAAAAAUUCUGAGAGUUUUUAAAUGCUUCAUGUCGCGAUUCAUAACAGAAAAAUUUCUUAAUUUUUUUCAGAAAUUUGCUCACCAGCUGUUUUUUUGUGACAAAAAAAUCACUUGAUCGCAAGAAGAAAAAAAUGUCCCUUUAAAGUGGAACCAUAAAAAUUUUUUUUCAAGAUUAGCUGGAAAUUUCUUUUGGGGCGGAGCUAGUUUUUUUUUUAUAAAAAAAACGUCGUUCAAAAUUUUCAAGACCACGAGUCAGAAAGUCCAUUCAAAGAGUUUUUUCAAUGGAGCGAACUCUCAAAUGCCGAUAAACUAGGAGCACACUACAAAUACAAAACGGCUAAAUGACUUUGUCCGACACGGGUUUUAGGAAAUUUUCCCAUACAAAUAAAUAAUUUUUUUCGUGCCAAAAGCCUGGGAGAGAAGCCGCAAAAAAGUGAGAGAGAAGACAAGAUGUUGCACCCCCAGUGCGGCCAGUCACAUGCGAGGGCACUCGAUUUCCCACAUUCGACUAGACUCUAGGCAAACGCCGCGCCCCAGCGCUCUCCAAAUCGAUCGUCGAUAGCAAUAAGAGGUUCUAACGCAACAUUUUUCUUUUUUUUUUCCACUUCCUUCGAAGCACUUUGAUUUUCAAGCCGUGUCGUUAAUACUAUUUAUCAGUUGGAGUAACCGUAUUCUACAGUUGAGAUGUACGAUGAAUUGGAAACCUUGGAAAGGAUUUUUUGAACAUGUGACAAAUUUUGUUCUCGCCUGACUCAAUAUCUCGAGAAAAAAAAAACCAGCUGAUCACUACAAAAAAAAGUCUUGAAUUUCAGUUUAAACGGAGUAUGAAACAAGAAGAAGUGAAUUUGAGCGUGAAUAAACUUUCACUGAAAACCUGAGCAACCCUCCUUACAAGUUAGUUAUGAUCUUUUUUUCCAAUCAAUUAAUAGUCGAAAAGUGGCGAACCCCUGGCGCAUUGAAGAAACGUCUCCGAUUCGCAACUCCGUUCUUAUUUUCUCUCUUCGUUUGUUCGUCAUUCCAGUGAGACGAAUGAGAGGGCCAGGUGGCUAGAGGAAAGAAAAACACAGAGAGAAAACUACACAAACACACAUAGAAAAAGAAACGCUCAAAGAGAACGCUCACGCGAAAUGUUUCCAAUUCAACGCCCCUCAGGUCGUUUUUCUUUUUCUCCGCUACGGCCAUUCGCUUCACUCUUUUUUGAAUAAGACUCUGUCGAUAUCGUUCUUAUCAACUUUUCUUUUGGAUUUUAGGAUGAAGUUCGACAUCUGAAUUGUAAUUCCGUGUUGAUCUUUCGAUGUUAAAAAGUUUUCUAACUAACCGUUUGAAGUGCCGGACUUUUGAUGCUUACUGGUUUUUUUUUAUGAUGUUUCGUUUCUAGUUCAAUAACAUACGGAAGAAUCAAAUAUUAACUUGAUAUAUCGCUUUCUGUUGAAGGCCUAACACACGUGGGAACCAAAACUUUAAAAUCACUUUAGGACAAAAACUUGAGUGGAGUUGAUUCAAACUUUUUUUUUAGUUUUGUGUUCACAAAUACUGACCUAAUAUAUAUCAACAAGUUCGAAAAAACCAGGAGAAAUCAAAAUAUUCCAUCGCAUCAAAGUUUGGAAUUUAAGCGACUAGCUCGCAAGUGGUAACGUCUUAGUAUAGGGACCGGAACAAAAUUUGAAAAUUUUUUGAGCUCUAAAAUUUCUUUGGCUGGGAUCUUAGUACCACCGACUUGAGAAAUCAUUUUAUGGAAAACAAUGAACGAAAGAAAAUUUUCGACGUAGAUAUUGCAGUGUUUUUUGCUUUAAGUAGCGACAGUACGAUACGAAUGGGAAGCCCUUCUGAAGCUCUUGAGUUUCUUGAAAGACCAACAGUUAACGAAACAGUAAAAAACAAAUCUUCCAGUCCAUAUCGAAGUUUGUUGAUUAGCUUAAUUGGAUUGGUUUGACGGCGUGAACGUCUUGAUUUUAACGCUCAAAAACUCUGAACAUGCUAGUGAUCGUGAGAGACUUUUACGGUGCCCAAAAGGUCAUCGUUGAAAAUCGAGCAAUUCCGCUGUGUUAAGUUUUUAUUGUGCACUAACCUUGAGAAAGGUUCAGUAAUAGGCACUUUGAACUACGGGAGUGGAUUUCGAAUGUAAAGCCUUGUUUAAAGCUAAGUUGCGAAUUUUGAGGAAACGCGGCGAAUUAGGUUGAAGAAGUCUUUUAAGAAUAUAUUUUUUAUGUAUCAGAGUGAAAUAAAUAAAUAUUCAAAUAUUCAAAGAAUACUUAGCAGCCCUAGAGAAAACCCUUGGAUAUUCGCUUCGCAGGUCAAAUUAAUGUUAAUUAGCUUCCAAAAAAAAAAACGUGGGAAUCGGAAAAAAAAAAAUGUCGCGUCACAGUAGUAAAUUCUCUACAGUUUAUUCACUUUUUUUUUCUUUUGAAUUUUCGUUUGAACAUAAAAUUUUAUGAGGAUUUACGGCUAAAAUAAAAGUAAAUUUUAUGAAAUGCUCCGAAAGUUCUUUGAAACAAACGGAUAUUACUGUUUCGAAGCAAUCAAACCCUAUGCUUUAGUUCUCAGAUGUCCGCGGCAUUGUUUAAAAAUUUUCUGAGUCGAUUUUUGAGGAUCUGAACUUUCACGUUUAUUCACAUCCGAUCGUUCGAUGUUUUUGCAUUUGGCUUUUUUCAGUCUCGAAUUUUCGCUCUGAAAAGUAAUUAUUCUGAAAUUUCCUUCCUUAUCAACUUCUUCUGGAAAUCUGGCUAUGAGUUGAAAAAGUUUUUUUUUUGCUUUUUGUUCGAGUUUUGUGCGACAUCGCAUUUUUCGUACAGAAGACUUCUUUUAUUUCGAUUUUCCAACCAACAUUAAAAUCUUUUCUUCGGCACAGUGAAUAGUAUAUUUUUUUUUUAGGUAAAACGGCCACGCCGUGGAUGUUUCCGUCGACUGCCUCCUCCAACAUCGGAUAUCCACUAAACGUCGCCGGAUCUCCGCAAAUGGACGACGACGACAUGGAAGGGUCAGUCUAAUGCAUUGUUCACUUUUGAACCCCUUUCACACUAUCGAAGGUUUUGCAUCUUGCGAAAUUACUUUGAACAAAGUUUUAUCUUCUUGUUGGACUCGGUUCAAAAACAAUUUUUACCUUUAAGUAAGCGAAGCUCCACCUAUUCCAUCGAAACUGGGUUUCUUCUGAGAAACGCCUAAAAUUUUUUUUAUUCUGAGAAAAGCCUAACAAAAUGAAUGGAAGUCGCUAGUCCGAGGAAAGAUGAUUUUAGUGACUUGGAAGGCGUCGGAGGUGGUGCGGGAGACGGGCAAUGCAUGGUGUGUGGCGACCGCUCCGCCGGCAAACACUACGGCGUGAUGGCGUGUUACGGUAGCGUUUCAUUUCACUUAAAAGAAACACAUUGAUAGCCUCCAUGUUGAGGGGAUAUUGGAAGAAUUGGAUAAUGUAGCUUCUUUUUGACGUUACAGUAGCCUCAAUAACUCGGGAAUCAACAAACGCGUUUGAAUCCUCCUGAGGUCAUUAACUGCUGGCUUGAAACAGUACAUCAUGAGGGUCUUUAGACGAUUAGCAGAACAGUGUGUGAAUGUACUUUACUAUUUGAGGAAGAGUCUCAAAAAAUAUAUCUGAACAUAAAAUUGAUGAACGCGGAGAAAGUUCCUGAAUUGUUUUUUCUCAGAUAAGGGUCUAAUGUACUCCUAGAAAUUUGAAAAGUUUGAUACCAACGAGGUAAGUACUGUUGAUGGGUAUUAUUGAUUUAGUAGUAGAAAUAUGUAACUGACGUUGAAAUGUAGUAUUUUAUUUCUUCUUUUACCCGUCGAUCGUACUUUCUAUCUCGUUUCCUUCCAACUCCUGCGUGUCUUUUCUCUAACCGCUCCCUCUUGCCACAAACCGGGCAAAUUGUUGCCCAUUUGAAGAUGGCGAGACUUUCCAAAGAAACACGAGAUUCAAGAAUUUAUUGAAUUCUUCAAUUUGAAUCUGAAAUUUUUUUUUCAAGGGUCCGAUCUCAUUCUUGUGAGAAGACUUAUAGUCGUAACGUGAAAAAUGGUAAAGUAUCUCUGCAGUUUUUUUUUCUCAAAUCCUCUUUGAUAUAACUUUUAAAAACAUUUUCAAAUAAAAAUAUAAACAUGUAAACAAGGGUUUCAGGGUGCAAAGGAUUUUUCCGGCGAACGAUCCGCUCAGCGCAAAGCUACACAUGUCGAUUUCAGGAAAAGUGCUCCAUCGACAAAGGUAUAUAUAAAAAAGGUGAAAUCACUGAAGGAGAAGUAGAUUUCAGACCAACGAAACGCCUGCCGAUUCUGUCGAUUUCAGAGAUGUAUCACUGUAGGAAUGGAGCCCGACGGUAGGCCUGUCGAAAGUUCAAACAAAAAUUGCGGCAUUUUCCAGCAAUUCGACCGGAUCGCGACGUAAUCGGGAAGCAGAAAAAUCCACGCAAGAAGAAGAUGAAGCGCGACGAUUCUCUGCUGCCGUCGCCAGACUGCGAGUCUGCGUAAGCCUUUGAAUCUCUCCGCAUUUUCAUAAAAACCAAUAUUCAAAAGUCAAAAAGUUCGUUUUCGAACUAUCGAAUGGACUCGAAAUGAAGAUGAAAACAUCAGAAAGUCCAGCUUUCAGAAGUAAAAAUAACUGACUUUUAUAGAUUUUAUUCUCAAAAUAUGACGAUCAGAGUUGUGCUCUGGGCCAGCCGGGCUGACCAUAUUGUUGCAACGCGGUCGCGAAGCGGUCAAAAUUUUGCACUUUUUUCUCGAAAUUUUAACGGAGUGAGUGAUCGAAAAUGUGUUAUUUAGGAAAAUUGUGGGAUUUAGUUCAUGAAAUGAGAUAAAACGUUUGCGAUUGCGAUUGUGGUCCGAUUCGGCCAUCAACCUCGGCCCAAUGCACAGCUCUGAUGACGAUUGAACUUGAAUCAUCUAGUAGCUUUCAAGGACUUAAAAUUCAUUUCUCGCUUUUUCUCUUAUAGAAUGUUCUGGGAGUGGAAAAAAAUUAUUUAUUGAGUUUCAAAAAAGGCAAUAGAAAAUCAUCUCAGCGGCUUCUAGUUUUAUGAAAUAUAAGGAUCAGAGUAGUGUUUAUUGCUUCAACUGGGUUUUAGAUAGCCUGUGUAAAACGAUCUCUGGCUCUUCAAAAUUUCCCUUGUUUUUUUUUCACUCUCUAACGAAUAUAUUUUUUUUGCUGAAAUCCCUUUGAACGGCAUCAAUUAUGAAUAAUGCAGAUAUAAAAGUAAUUCGAGGCGUUUUCCAGUUCUCUGAGUCAAGAGGACGUCCUGUUGAGCCUGUUGAACGAAGUGGAGAUGAAGGCGAGUGGCGGGAAGCCAGGCGCCUCCUCGCUGCCAAUCGGCAUCAGCGUCGUCAAGCAGGAUCCCGAUUUUGACGUCUCCACUCUCUUCCUCAACCAGUUCAUUCGCAACGAGGAGUCUUUCCAGGUACAUCUCCAUCAAAGCUUCUUUCUCAAAACUGAGUCUCAUCAGAUCGAAUACGCAACUGGUCGGACGGCUUCUGUCGAGCAACUCAUCGCGGCACUACGGUAACUACGAAUUUAUCAAAAUGCUCCAUAAUCUUGCUUCAGACGGUAUGUUUUGAGUGCCGUCCAAUGGAUCGAGUCGCUCUUCGAGAUUAUCCAACUCGAUGAUAUCACUGAGAAGGUAUAAAUUUAUAGAUUCGCCUUUUUUCUCUUCUGUGAACCCUAUUUGGGCUCGAUCUGCUAAAAGUCUGAUUUUAAAGACAGCUAUUUCACCAUUUUAGCUCUUUCGGAUUUACUUCUGAAAGUUGUAAAACUAUGAAGUAUACCUAUUUUUUUUUUUGAACUACAUUUGAACUAGUUCAGCUAUAAACAUUUUUAGACAAUCAUACCUAUAUUUUAGCUCUUGUCUUUCAAAUUCCAUUUUUUUAAAAAGUUUUAUAAAUUCGAACGUGUCAUAAUAGUUCAAAAUUAGCGGAAAAGAAUUUCUACGAGUAUAUGAGAACCGUUUUGAAAAAAUGCGCCCAAACCGGCACUAUUUUAUAUUUAAAAAAAAACUCGUUUUCAAGGAAUAAUGCUAUUUCUAAAGUUUUUUUUUUUUUGAAAGGAGAAUUAUCAUUGCUUGCUUGAACUUUUUCAAGCAUUUUGAUCUAAAAAGUUCAAGAUUACAUCGUUCUACGUUAUGAUGUUUUUUGAUAAUCAAUCGUCUUUUGCAGCUGGCUCUUCUCAAAACCAUCAUUGGUCCGUUCACCGUCUUCAGCAUUGCCACUCGAACUGCCCAGGUUUUUGACAAAAACUUGGAAAAGGUUGAUAAAAAAAAGUUUAAAUUGAAGAUUUCGGAUGGCGACGUGCUGUGUUUAUGCAACCGGAGUACAGUGGCCAGACAGCCGGCCCGACAUUUGCUCGACACAAAGUUAACUGGAAAGCGGAAUGCUUGGAACAAUGAAUCGUUUACAGUCUCGUGGGCAACAACCUCGCUGGGAGAAUCAUUGACGACUUGGUGUUUCCUACGAAAAAGUUGUCUUUGACCGGCCCGGAGAUGACCAUUCUCACCGCCCUCAUUGUUCUUGAUCCAGGUGAAUUCGAAAAAAGGGAUAGUUUAGCUAAGAAUCUUCAAAUUUUUUGAAAAAUGCUCAUCAUUUUUUUCUCUAAAUUUUUUUGGUUGAAAAUUAAAUAUACUAAGGGAGCUUCAGGGUUUGUUCAGAUUUUGAAUUUAUAGUACAGUGACGGCAUUUAAAAAGGCUCUAUAUAUGGCUCGCUCUCUGAAUGGUUUCUCGCGCCAUUAGGGGCGGAGCUUGUGCGACAAAAUGACAAUUAUAAUCUGAACAGGCUAUAUGCCGUGUUCAGAGUAUUUCCGCGAAAUUCAAUAGUAUUUCCGAAAUUUAGUUAUCUUUUUUUAUUUUCCGACCGUCUUUUUUUUUUUGGUUUUUGUAGAGUCACUUUGAAUACAAUUUUGACUAUUAGCCUUAGUUUUCAAAAAAUAGCGAGCCGUGGAUAUUUAAACUUUAGACUUUCACUUAUUAUUUCAAACAGAAAUGAAGCAAUUUCCAAAAAAUCCCCCAGUGAAAUGUAGAUUGACCUUUUUCGGACGGUGAUACAAAAUCAAGGAAAGAGAAGUUGAAGAAUGUUAAAAUCAAAAAGAAAAAUGUGCAAAGGGCGAGUUUAUGAGGCUAUUCCCUCCGUUAUCUAAUUGAUGAGAAUUGGGAGCUCAAUUUUAAGGAAGUUCCCUUCAUGAAUGGAAACGCCCACUUAGAUGAGGUUUGGAUUUUCAGACGCGCGAGGCCUGUCUUUACAAUCUUCCCAGGCGAUUGCAAAACUACGAGAUCGCGUACAAAACGCCUUGUUCAACGUAAACACCUUAGCAAGAAUUCAUAAAUUCAUGAUCUCUCUCAGAUGAUCAGAGACAAUGCGCCGUCGUUGCAAACAGUAACCAGCCGCUUUGGAAAUCUACUGCUGCUUUUCCCUCCAUUGGCAGUAAGUUCUGGACGAUUUUGUGAAAGAAAGUCAAAAACUGAGAGCUCAUCAUUGUUUUGAAACUUUGAAAUAGGCGAAGUCGGAAUGAUCGACGGAAAAGGCUCCAUAGGAAUUUUCCUUUUCGGGUGAUAAAAAUCCUUUUCUGCUACUUUUUUUUGUAUGCACCGUUUUCGCUGCCUCCUCUUUUUCCACCAUUUCUUGAUCCUUUGAAUUUUAGAAAAAAAAAGGGACUCUCUCCUUCCUGCUGCUUUUUUUUGAGCCCCCCUUUUGGCGGUCAUUAUCCAUCAUACCGACUUUGCCCAAGGAAAUAGUCUUUUUUUUUUAUCAGCACUGUAACUUCUAAAUUUUGCAUUCAGAAACUGAGCUCUUUGAUUGGCGAAAACGUCCAGUUAGCGAGGAUGUUCGGAAUUCCUCUAGACCCGCUUCUCGUAGAGCUGUUUGCGGAUGAAAGCUCUCCAGAGGUGCUUCAAUUUCCUAUUUUUCUCCCGCAAAGUUACAUUUAAAGGUGAUUUGCUCUUCUCUGCAACGACAACGGAGCGACGUCUCAACGCAAACUCAUGGAGAAGCCGCCGCAGACGUCGAGGCUGAAGUUUGCUCUCAUUUCAGCGAUAAAUUACAAUAUCUGUUUAAAAAGCCUCUUUGAUUCGCUUUGGAAGAGUCAAACUCAUUUUUGAAGAAAGAGCUACUCCUUUAUUCUAUCAUAAUUUUGAGCAAGAUCGCCGACAAAAAUGGUGUAUAUAGCAUAAUAGAUAACCGCGAUGGUAACACUAAGAAUAACUGCCGAGAUAAAUGCGAGACACUGGCGGUACAUUGACGAGCUCGCAAACAUCUCGCAUUUUUUCUCGCGCCGGUCUCGCAUUUUUCUGGGCGCCAGCUCGCACUUUUCUAGGCGCGAGCUCGCUUUUCUCUCGCAAUUUGAAAAUUUCCGAAAUGCAAGAUAAAUGCGAGAUGGCGCCGAGAAAAAUGCGAGGUCGCGCCGAGAGAAAUGCGGGAUCGCGCCUAGAAAAAAAGCGACAUUUUUUUGCGAGUUAGUCAAUGUACCGCCACCGAGCUCGCGUUUAUCUCGUCAGUUAUUCUUAGUGAAUAAUCAUAAAAUAGUCACAGACAAAAGAGAAUUUUAAAAAUUAGACGAAUAAAAGAACAGAAGAGCCGUAAGAGGCGCUAGUGUGCGGCGAAAAUGUGCUCCAAUGAUAAUCCAAAAUUUAAACCGAAUUCUUCUGAUUUUUCACGAAAAAUUUUCCUUCUGAGAAUCUUGCUUCAAUUUUGGAUAGAUCCGAAAAGACUAUCUAGUUUUAAAAUUAGAAAAAGUCUUAGUUCUAGACAAUAUUCAGACCAUAACGUUGUUGAAUAUCAAAAUUCGAUAAUUUAUCAGGACAUACUGCCGUCUUCUUCUCUCGUGAUAUCCGGAGAUGUGAUUUCCCCAACCGGCGCCAAACCGGAUCUGGAUAGAGUUCUGCAGAACGAAAUUCCAGUUGACAUCCUCGGAUUGUUGCCUCUUCACGACGUAUCGUCAACAGCUUCGGCACUCAAUCCUACAGGUUGGCGUUGAAAAAUUACUUCCGUCUUUCGAAAAGUAGCUGACUCUGGAAACUAAUGAAUGAACUCUUGUUAUAAAAAAAAUAGGAAAAACUUAUUUCUUUUUUUAAAUUUUUUUUUGUAGAUAAAAAUGAAAAAGCAGAUGAGAGUUGAGAAAUUUUCAACUGAUUUCAUUCAAAGAAGGCAUAGUUUUUUGUUUUGAUGGGCUUGCAGUUAAUUUGUAAACAUUACCUUUUUAAGUGGACCCACAGUGGAAUCUUUCGAUUGCAGCUGUGAACUACAACGCGUUCUACUUCCCGACCUCGCUGCCAGGAAUGCAGACUUCGACUGGAUCGGUCUAUCCGCACGCCAUACCGGGAGUGUCCGGCGACUAUCCAAGCACACUAUUCAGCACAAAUGCAGCUUUGUCCCAACAAGCCUUCAGUUUUAUUUGA